GUUGGCAACAUGGACUAUCUUCAUAUUUCUUUUCUUUUUUCUCUAAACCAUCAUCAGUUAACCUUUUUCAACAAACAUGAAAAGCAAAACCGUCUGUUUUGGCAUCAGAGGACGCAACAACAAGAGCAAGGAAAACAAAGUCGAAGAUUUAGAGAAACUCUCCCAUGUCAAGCCUAAUCACAAGGGAAAAACUAAAAGGUGUGCUUCAACAACUCCUGUUGGUGAUGAUGAUGGUGGCAUCAAUGUUCAUGGAGCCAACAUAGUUGCUAGCAAUGAUGCAGGAGUAGCUGCUGCUGUGAUCACUGCAGCUCAUAUGUCUUUGAUGUGUGUCAAUGAUGGUCAAGAUGGAAGUGGUCAUGGUCAUGGGGGUGAAUCUGGGGUAGAUGGUGAUGGUGGCUGAUUGUCAUACUCAAAUAUUUGUUUAGUAUGAAACUUGGAUGCAGUUCCUUAAAUGUUUUUGGUAUCGUUAUUGCAUUAUAAUUGUUGAUCUUUAAUGCAAACUUUGUCGUGCAUAUUAUUGAAGUGAAACUCCAAUUCUGAUCAGAAAGUAAGACAAAAAUGCCUUGGGAACUACCAGUAAGCUAUAUCAUUCUUUUAAUGCUUGUCUCCCCUACCUUGCUUUGCAAGGUUAAUUGUAAUGCUUGAUAGCUUCCUGUGGAUUUCUUGGUUCUGCAUUGCAAUUGCUUGUCUAUUGUUCCUUUUUUGUUAGUUUUCUACAGUUGUAUGAGAUCUCAAUUAAGUGGAGACAUAAAUUCCUUCCUUAUCUAUAAUAUAUGGUUGAUGGUUCUAGUUUUCAAAUCA